AUCGGAGUACCAGCAAACUUCAAAUUUCUAUCAAUCCCGCACUUACACUUCGAAUUUUACAUUGCAGCAACAUAUUGUCAUUAUGCAGACCUACUUCUAUCUCAUUGCGCUCCUUGCCAGUGGCGCACUCGCCGCUCCUGGUGAGGGAAGAAACUACAUUGAUGAAGUCGAAGGCCCUGCUGUCAAGCGUGGCGGUUAUCCAGACGGACUUAAUGUUGAUGCCAAGCUGCCAACGACUGACGAGGAUAAACUGGUCCGCCGAGUUGGCGGUCCUGCUGUCAAACGCGGUGGUUACCCGGAUGGGUUAAAUGUUGAUGCCAAGCUUCCUACAACGGACGAAGACAAACUCGUCUAGGAAACCUAAGACUUUGGACAGAAAAUACAUCAAUAAGCUAGUAUAUACUCUGUAUCUAGUCAAAUCAAUAGCAUAACAUAUCUGGACAGCGAGCCGCUUAGUAUAGCGAACCGCUCACUGCGCUAAGACCCCA